CAAAGAACGCUUCACCACAGAAGUGAUGUCCUAGAGACCGUGGUGCUCGUCAACCCUUCAGGAGACACCGUCUUAUCUGAGAUCCAGUCUCUGGUAACAGACUCAGCAGGACACAAGCUCCUGGUCUUGAGUGGUCAGAGCUCAGAUCACGGUGGCCUUCUCCUUCAAACUGGGGUUUUCACCUACCAGACCUUUUCGCGUGUCUUUGCUGAUCCUGGGGUCAGUGAAUUAUUGGGCACAGCAGCCCCCAAGCAGCAGGCUACACUCACCGUGUCCUGCCGCGGGGAGGUUGGCUGGAGCUCCCUGGGACAACAUCAGAUCCUGCGGGAGUACCUGGAAUACAGACUAAACCCUGACCCUGUUCUCCCCAAGAUGGAGGGCGUCACUGAGUUCACAGAGUACAUCUCUGAGACGGUCGACGUCCCUUCGCCUUUUGACCUCUUGGAGCCUCCCACCUCUGGGGGCUUCCUGAAACUGUCCAAGCCAUGUUGCUACAUCUUUCCCGGCGGUCGAGGAGACUCUGCUCUCUUCGCUGUGAAUGGAUUCAACAUCUUAGUGGAUGGAGGCUCAGAACGGAAAUCCUGCUUCUGGAAGCUGGUCCGUCACUUGGAUCGCAUUGACUCGAUUUUGCUCACGCACAUCGGUGCAGACAAUCUGCCAGGUAUCAAUGGGCUGCUUCAGAGGAAACUAGCAGAACAAGAGGAGGAACAAUCUCAAGACUCUACAAACUAUAAUGAAUGGAUGAAGAACCUGAUCUCUCCUGAACUCGGUGUGGUGUUUUUCAACGUGCCAGAGAAGCUCCGUAUGCCAGAAUCUAAUCUCAAAGUGAAACGCAGCAUUGAAGAGGCCUCCCUGACUUUGCAGUACCUCAACAAACUAGGAAUCAAGCCUGAGCCUCUCUUUCGAGUGGUCAGCAACACCAUUGAACCCAUUACUUUGUUCCACAAGAUGGGUGUGGGCAGGUUAGACAUGUAUAUUCUCAACCCUGUCAAAGACAGCAAAGAAAUGCAAUUCUUAAUGCAGAAGUGGGCCGGCAACAGCAAGGCCAAAACUGGUAUUGUGCUGGCAAAUGGGAAAGAAGGAGAAAUAUCUGUUCCCUACCUGACAUCAGUCACAGCCCUAGUUGUCUGGCUCCCUGCCUGCCCUACAGAAAAGAUCAUCAGAGUGCUUUUCCCUGGGAAUGCACCACAAAACAAGAUCCUAGAGGGGCUUGAAAAAUUAAAGCACCUUGACUACUUGCGCUAUCCCGUAGCCACACAAAAGGACAUCGCCUCAGGAGCUCCUCCCUCUGGUGUAAAACAAACCAAAUUAAAGCAAAGGACAGAUAGCAAAGAGAGUCUCAGGUCGUCUCCAAAGACUACUGCAAAGGCCUCAAAGAAAGAAAGUGAAGGACAGGAUGAUGUGUCAGCUGCCACAGAGGCAAAGAGUGACUCGGUAAAGGAAAAUAUAUCAGAGAAGACUGAGGAGAAAAAGCCAACUAAAACUAUCAAAUCUAAAACUGAUGUGCCAGAAAAGAAAAAGCUCCUGAAAGAAAAAACCUUAAAGAAGCACACCAAGGAAAGGGUGUCAAAGAUAGAUGAGAAAAAGGACAAGGAGAAGAAAGAGAUCAAGAGGGUAAAGAAGGAUGACUCUGCCAAAAAAGAUGAAAAGAAAGAUGCUAAGUCCAAAGAGGACAAAAAGAAGGACACCUCGAAACCUGAGCUGCGGAAGAUUACAAAGCCUGACCUAAAACCUCUUACACCAGAAGUCAGAAAGACAUUACAUAAAGCUAAAGUAUCCAGUAAAGCCAAGACUGGAAAAGUCAAAGCUCCAAAGGCUGAACCUGCUGAGCCGAAGAAAGAAGCGCCAAAACCUGAAACUAUUCAACCUAAACCAGUCGAGAAUGGAGCUGUUGAGGGCAUAUCUGCUUCCUCGACUCCUGAAGACCUCACCAAGGAGUUUGAAAAACUAAAGCAAGAAGCCGCUGCAGCUGUAACAGCACAGCCUUCUGACAGUAUUGAGGAGUCAUUGGAGCCGACUUCACAAAGCCUUACCCAAGAGAAGCAGGAAGCACAAGAAACCACAUCAGAAAUUCCACCUGGCGCAGAGUCUCCAGAAAAGGAGGCAGCAGCUCCAGAAGUGGAAGCCGAAUCUGAAGAAAGAGAGAAGGAGUCGACUCAAGAAAAAGAAGAUGAGUCUCAAAAGUUUGAGGAUGAAGGAGCAGCGUCUCAGGACGAGGAAGAGAAAGAAGAAGAGGCCCCAGCUGCUGAGAAGAAAAUAGAAAAGGAGGAGGAGGAAGAUAUGGGAAUUGGUGAAGAGGAAGAUGAAUCAAAAUGGAAGGACAGUCAAGAUGAUGGACUUGACAGGAAGCAUGAGAUAGAAGAAAUGGAGAAGACGGAAUCUCUCGCAGCAAAAUUUUUGACUAAAGAGGAGCUACAAAUGGAGGAAGAGGAGGAGGAGGCUGUUGAGAAAGCUGAAUUGGAAGAGGUAGAAGAUUUAGACGUAAUAGCAGACGAAGAGAUCAAAGUCAAACCUGAAGAUGCAGCUGAAGAGCAAAUGUCCCAUGGACUUCUCGCUGCAGCCAAAGAGGAAGAAGAAGAUGAAGAAGAAGAAGGCUACCUGUCACAUGUUGGAGGGGCCACAGCUCCCAUAACCUCAGUAGCUCAAGGAGCUGCCGCAGCUGAACCUAUCUCCUACAUCCAAGACGAGACCAUUCCCGGCUACUCUGAGACCGAGCAGACCAUCUCCGACGAGGAGAUUCACGAGGAGGCAGAAGAAAGGAUACCACACCUUCAGUACGAUGUUGGUGCUUACGACAUAUCUGUUCCCGAUCAGACUGGCUCAUUUGUAAACAUUCAUGGCAUGAGGGAAAUGCAAGCUGCUGCCAUGACAGAGAAAGGCUAUAUUCCAGGUGUGCACGAGCAGGUGUCAGUGUUCACCAACAUCAUUACAGCUCCUCUAGCAGAAGAAGAGCAUGUGUCUUCUGCAACGUCCAUCACAGAGUACGACAAAAUAUCCUCCUUCCCUACUUCUAUCGCUGAAGACCAACCUGUGGCGUCUGCCGGGGCACCUACAGCUGAAGAGCCACCUAAAAGCCCCGCUGCUGCGUCGACCCCAUCUGACCAAGGCAAAGAGCUGCCACACUCUGCAGGAACUCUUUCACCACCGUCUUUAGAGGAUGACAAACAAUCUAAGUCUCCCUCAGAUGACUUACAGCUCCCUAUUGCUGAAGUUAAGGUGGCUGCUAAAGCUCCAGCUGCUCAGGAUGAGGAGGAGGAGGAAGAAGAAGAGGAGGACGAGGAUCAGACUCCUAAUGUUGACAUGUCACUUGAAAAACUCCAACAGGGCUACGCUUCUCUACAGAGCAAAGAGAAGGAUAUUGAAACUCUGACUGGCUCUGUGCCUCCAGUUUCCGCAUCUGUGCAAGACAUUAAACAAAUCCAUCUACCGGUUGAAGAGGAAAAUAAAGAUGCAGUUGCACCUAAAGACAUUUCCUCUGUUGUGCCUACUAGACGUUUUGGAUCUGACUCUGUAACUUCAGAGAGUGAAGAGCGCUGCUUCAGUCCGGAUGACGUCACUGUGAAAAUGGCCUCCCCUCCACAGUCCGGACCACAGAGUGCAGCUCACUCUCCGCUUCGUCAGUCACCAGUGGAAGACAAGACCAAGGUCUCGCCUGAUUUGGAAAUGCACAAGCAAGAGGAGCUCCUCGAUGUAGCCGCAGAAACUGAAGACAAAACUGAAAAGAAAGAUGAAGCAGAAACUGAGAUGAAACAAGAUGAAGGCAAACAGAACGCAGAGCAGCAGCAGGGAGCAGUUUCAACAUCUUCUGACGUAUCAGUUGACAUAAAAGAGGUUUCAGCAAUGAAGGAGCCAGAAGAAGACUUCUCAUCAGUGGAAAAAGAUGAGAGGAAACAGGUAGACACAGUCCCCAUUGUUGGAACAUCUUCAACCGAGGUUCAACCACCCGUGUCAGAGAAGGAUUCCCUCCUGUCAUCAGGACAAAGUGAUGAAGUGGUCGACAAAGGGCUCAAAGACACAGAACCUAAAGUGCCUCUUCAAGGUAAAUUUCCAGAAGGGGAAAGUGGUUUCCUUGAUGAUGAUGAUGACAAGAAAGGUGAUGAUGAUGACCAUGAUGAUAAAUCUGCUGUUAAAACCACCGAUGCGGAACAGGAGAAAGAAAAAGACGACACCUCCGACGGCAUAAAAAUCAAGGAUGAGCAGAAACAGGAAUCUGUCAUCCCGGAGCACAUUUCUGCUGUUGAGUCUACCACGGAUGAGAAAGCAGAGAUGGAAGCAGUAAAGGACGAAAUCUCUGACAUCAAAUCUUUAAAAGAUGACAACAUUGAGGAAAUUGUCAUCAAGGAUGAGCAGGCAGUGCCCGAAAGUCCAGAGAUUGAAAUUGUUGCUUCGGACGCAAAACAAAUCAAAGAUGAACAGAAGCAGAAAGAUGUAAAAGAAGAUUUUGACCUGAAGACCACAGACGAGGUGAAGGAGGCAGAGGUUCAAAAGAUUGAGGUGUGUGAUGGUAAUAUUGAAAAAGAGGAAGACAAGAAAGAGACAGAAAAUGGUGAUACUGUUGAUAUUAGCCCCAUCAAAAGUGAGGACAAAGAGAUUGAAAAAGCCCAAACAACAGAUACUGAGCCUGAGCCUGUUAAAGACCAUCUAAAGGAAGAGGCAAAGAAGGACGAUGUUACUACAAAAGAUCCUCCAAAAGAUGAGAAGAAAGAGACGGAAACAUCUGAUAUCAAAGUAUUUGAAGUAAAGGAAGAGGACAUAGAGACGGUAAAGAUAGAUGCUUUCACAGAUAAGCCAGGAGAAAAGGAGGCGAUGGAAGACUCUACUGCUAAACUCAUCAAAGAGGAAGACAUUAUUAGUAAGGUUGAUGUGUCUGCUGUAACCAUUACAGAGGAAAAGAGGGAUGUGAUUGAUGCUAUCUCAAGCCUCACCAAGACUGAGGAAAUGGAAGCAACAGUGAGUGGAGAGGAGAGUAUUUCUGCCAAGCAAUCCAUCGAGCAAGAAGAAGAGAAACAAGAAGAUAGCUCUGACACCAAACUCUCCAAGGAUCAGGAAAAAGAUAUUGCAACAAGCAAGGGGGAUGCUUACAUCUUCAAACCUACAACAGAAGGAGAAAAGAAGGAUGAAACCAGUAAAGAUGACACUGCUGCUGUAAAAAUAACGAAGGCAGAAGAAAAAGAUGAAUUCCCAAGUAUGGAAGAUCUGUCUGCUGUUAAACCAACUGCUGGAGAAGAAAAUGACCAAAUGGAAAGUAAAGAAGAUACACUUGUGAUAAAACUUGUCAAGGUUGAGGAAAAAGAAGAACUUCUGAGUACGCAAGAUACAUCUGCUGUUAAACCGGCUGAUGGAGAAGAAAAUGACCAAAUGGAAAGUAAAGAAGAUACACUUGUGAUAAAACUUGACAAGGUUGAGGAAAAAGAAGAACUUCUGAGUACGCAAGAUACAUCUGCUGUUAAACUGGCUGAUGGAGAAGAAAAGGAACAAGUGGAAAGCAAAGAAGACACAGUUGAGAUCAAACUGAGCCAGGUAGAGGAGAAAGAUCAACCCCUCAGUAUAGAAGAUACUUCCAAACCAACAGCUGGAGAAGGAAAAGAACAGGAAGAAAGCAAAGAGGAUACUAUGCCAUUAAAACUUAGCAGAAUGGAGGAAGAGCAGGUGAUGGUAUCCAAAGAUGUUGCUCAAACAAAGGCAGAAGCAAAAGACACCCUUGAGGAGUCUGUCAAAUCUGUCAUGGAGGACGACAAGGGGCAAGAAACGAUCAAAGAUGAAGACGUCAAAAUCACCAAGAUAGAGGAAGAGGAUGUGAUAAUGAGGGAAGAUAUUUCUGCUGUCCAAAUGUCUGAGGAUAAAAUGAGCCCAAAGGAUGACACUGUCGUUGCCAAACCCUCCAUGGAAGAACAAAAGGAGAAAGAUCUCGGUAGAGAUAUUUCUGCUGUUGAAACGGCGAUAGAAGGAAAGGAGAAAGCAGUGGAUAAGGACGAAGCUAUAACUGUGAAACUAUCAAAGGAGGAGGAUUAUAGUGAUGAAACUAAAACCAUCAAGGAAGAAAUAGAUACAGUGACAGUUAAGGAAGACAUUUCUGAUAUCAAACCUACAAGAGAGGAGAGCAAAGAGGAGGCCAGUGAAAAACCUCUUGCAGCUGAGGAUGAGAAGGAACAGAUGAAGGAUGAAAAGUCAGAUAUGAAGCUCAUAAAAGAAGAGACAAAAGAUGAAUUUUAUGAGAAAGAAAUUCAAGUCAAAGAGGAACCCCUGGAAACAGGGACAAAAAUAAAUGACAUUUCUGAUUUGGGGUCUGUAAAGGAGCAGAAGGAAAAAGAUACAGAGGACACUUCUGUUGAAACCAUGAAGGAUGAAAAAAGUGGCAUGCCUAUCAAACAAGAGGCUAAAGAGCAGACGAAGGGUGAUAUCUCAGAGCACAAAGCAAUUUUGGAUGAAAUGAAGGAUAAAGACUCUGAAAAGGCCGACAAAGAAAAGGAGAAAGAAACAGACUUAAGUGUUAGGCAUCUCCAAGAUGAUGCUGGCCAUCUCUCACAGCCUGAAUCUAAGGUAGAUGAUAAAAAAGAGGUAGAUCUUCCCGGCCCUCAGACCUCAGAGGAGAAGGAAACUAAAAAGGAUGAUAUUUGCGACAUUAGUGAUAAGCAUAUACAUGAAGAAACCUCUGAUAUGCUUACAGGAUCUCAGAAAGAAAAAGAAACUUCUUCUUCAUCAAUGGAAGUGCAGCCAGACAUCUCUGUGAGUACAUCAAGUGAGGCCCUGAAACCUGUGAAAGGUGACAUUUGUGUGGCUCCCAGCCUAAUGCAGAAAGAGGAAAAAGAACAAGAUGAGGAAGAAAAGGUCAUAAUAAGUCCAGAAGAGAAGAUGGAGAAAGAAAAAGAUGAUGCUCAUGUCGCUGAACUUAGCAAAGAACAGAAAAUGGAAAAGGAGCAAGAAAAAGAAUACACCUACGAAGACAUCAAAGAUGAAAAGACGAUUAAAGAAAAGGAUGCCGCCGAUGUGAAAACAGACGAGAUCACUGAAAAGGAAAAGUAUGACUCGUCUGAUGCAGACCACACAAAAGAGGAGAAAUGGGAGAGAGAGGAGUUGCAGGAGAAAGCGCUGGAUAAAGCAGUGAAACAACCUGCUCAGGCAGCAGUAGAAGAAGAAGCAGCAGCAGCAACAGCAUCCAAGUCAGAUUACAAACCUGCAUUUGUUCUCCAGUCCUCGGAUGAAGACAGGGAAGAUGAAGACGAGGAGGACAUUUGUAUGGGAGGAGCAGGCUCCAGACCUUUGUCGGUGGAGCUUAAAAAACCAGAACAUGACUUUUCCUCUGCAGGUCUAACCUCUUCUCAAACACCACAGACAAGUGACCAAACUAAACCACCAGUGACGCAAAAGAUCACAGUUAUAAUACCAACACUUACAAUGCAGGAGCCCUCAAUAGAUGAAGACAUCAAAGAAGAAUCCAAACUCUCACCCGAAGCAGGCAAAGAUGUGAAAACAGAAAUCACACCUGCACCACUUGCCAAGCCAGAGCCGUCCUUUGAUAAUGUCACAUCAAAGGAGGAGGCGUCCUCUGUUCCAAAACAAGAAACAGCCUCUGAUAUCCCCGCGGGUAAAGCGCAACCAAUGUCAGACUCAACUGAGAAAAAGCCUAUGUUGUCAACAGUUUCAAGCAGUGACAGUCAACAGAGGAGCAGUACACUUUCGAGCACUGAGAGCCAGUCCAGUGUGGAAGAAACCCCGCUACAAGACAAACAGAUACCACCUCAGGCAAGCUCAUUUGCCAGUGCUACGGAAAAGACAAAACUGGACGAGAAACCAGAAAAGGAAGCCGAGAGGGAGAUGGAAGGAGAGCGAGAGGUAGCUUCUCCAGGAUUAUCAAAACCUUGCUCUUAUUUCAUGUUGGACAAACAUUCUCCGGGUGCCAGCCAGGCUGAAAUUCCGAAAUCUGAUACUGUAGAAAUGGAGAGAGUUGAAAAGUUGACCUCAGAGAAGGAAACGGUUAGUGAGAGCCUUGGAGAUGAAAAGCAAACAUUUGGUGCAUCUAAGUAUGAUCCUUAUGAAAAGCCCAUUCCAAAAGAUCAUGACUUGGACUCCAGAGAUGAAAGUGAAGUAGCUCUAGGUUUUGAUCACGCCUCCGAUAUUGGCAUCGAUGACAACAGAAGAACAAGCCUGGCAGAGGCUGGAGCAGCCAUGUUCCUCCUGGAUGAUCAGUACAAAGAAGAACCUCUGUCCUUCAGUAGAGUUGACUACAGUGCCGUGUCCCUCACAGAGAGCGAAAGAAGCAGCCAACACAGCCCAAGUGCCUCACCCAAAUAUGAAGAUAGAGAAAAGGGCCAGGAGGAGGAGAGUGAGAGAGAAGAAAGACCAGAAACACAUUAUGUUGACAAGAACUUUUCAUCCAUGGACACCCAAGAUAACAAACUGUUGCAAGCUGCUGAGUCGUACUCUUUUAGUCCCAAAGAGGACAAACCAGAGAAAACGGAGAAAGAGAAAGAGGAUAUGAUGGGAGGUGCUGCAGCAGCUUCUCAAAUAGCUGUAACUGAAGACAGUGAUAGUCUUUCUAUCUGUGCAGCUGUACAACCAGCAGGCACAUCAUUAAGACAAGAAUCAACCUCUUCAUCAUGGAGUCAAUCAGAUCUCAGUGCCCAAGUUUCAGCUUCUCCUGCAGCCUUUGGAGAAAUAACAUUUAAGAGAACAGAAAAGGAGAAAGAGAAAACUGAUGAGUCGCUCAAAGACAAAAAGGAGUCCUCUGAUGAUGAAAGAGAGGGAUCAGCGUGUGGUCGGCAUUCACCUGCAGAAAAAGACAUUUUACCACACAAAGUGUCACCUAUGAAAACUGAGGAAUCUUCAAGUGUCUCAUCUGCGGCAACAUAUUCAGGACAAGUAAUAGAUGAUAAUGUUUUGGCAUCUGACAAUAGUCAAGUUAGCAGCUCUGCCACUUCUAAAUCAGUGUUAGAUUUCCCUGACAGUAAAGAGAUCCUAAUAGAAAAAAGGUUACUUGUAGAAGGAGAAGAUUUCAAUGUUGAUGAUGAUGACGAGGAUGAGGAGGAGGAAGAGGAGGAAGAAGAGGAGGUGUGUAGUGAUGUCGAUAUGGAAAAAGGUGCCAGAGAACAGUCUGAAAAAGAGAUGUGCAGACGUGGAUCUGAUGAUAGUGCUACGUUGGCAGAGGUAAAUAAGAACUCUCAGUUGCCUGACUUAAGCUGCCAUAAAGAGGAACCAAUCUGUAAACCAAUACCUGAUGAGGCCUCUGCAUCUAAAGUCACAGAGACAGACAAACAGGACCUUAGCAAGACAACACCCUCUCCUGAAGCAAAACAACUCAAAGACGAUAGUACAGGUUUUGGUGGAGCCAUGUCCAAAUCUCCUGAGACAAAAAGCGAAGAUGUGAGUAAAACAGACCAAAGUGCUCACAAAGAAGACGAAAGCUGUUUAACUAAAUCAGAUGCCUCAAAGCUUCCUGAAACAGAGAAAGAAGAGGACACAGACAGAAAGCUGUUGUCUCCUUUGCCUGAUACAAAGAGAAGGUUGUCGUCAGCAAUGGAAUUUACCUCCUCCGAAGUACUACAGUCACAAAAAGCUGAUGAAGACAAACCGUCUCAAUCGCCAAGCUUUUUGACAAAGGAAUCUUCUCAAGCAAUGCCCAUAAGCAGCUUUCCAGGAAUCUCUUUGCCACCUGACAAUUCAGAGCCUAUACCCAAGGUUUCAUCUAGUUCCCCUUCUCCACUAGGAAGUAGCUAUGCAGAUAUUGGACAGAGCAGAUCUGAAGGUUCCUCUGAGCCUUCAUGCAAUGAAAGGAGUCAAGCAGGGUCAAAGGAGGAGACCCUUGUACUCUCAGAUGCUUUCCAUCUACCCCAACAUAUAGAUGAUAAACCUUUCAGUCAAAAGGACUUGAAAAAAGAAAAUCAAGCCGAAAGGCAGACAAUAGAUAUAACUGCAACACAUGAGGGAACUACCUCAGCUUGCACGUACACCACCUUAACAUACUCAACUUCAACAUUCUCCUCUACAUCAUACAGUUUUUCGUCCUCAGCUUCAACAUCUUCCCCUAUGAGCCAACAGUCUGGAGACAAGGUUGAAACUUACACAACACUAUCACGUUCUGAGGUAUCUCUUGCAAAAGAGGAGUCAUCAUUCAGGACAGAGCCGUCAAGCUCCUGCUUUGGAGGUUUUCAGAGAGAUGAGUACAUGGAGGUGACAAAACCUGCAACAAAAGUUUCUUUUCCAAGCCAAUUUGAUGAGACCAAACCAUUGUCUCCAGGCUUGCCUACCACCGCCAAGCAGACUGUUGAUCAAGACAGUGCUCUAAAGCCUGAAAAAGAGACAAAGUCAAGCAUAGAUAGUUUUUAUAUGUUAGAGACGAAGACUGCAACGUCCUCUACAAUACCAUCCACACAAAGUAUGGAAACAGUAAAGGUAUCAGAGAGUUUAUCCACAUCAGAGGCUUGCUUUGAUGUAUCCCCCCUCCAAAGGGCUGACUCCUCUGACAGGGUGUGCCCAGUGUCAGGACAAGAUAAGCCUGAAACACUUGAAAUGGAAGAUAGCACCCUACCAUGUCGUAUUGAAUGUGAAAAAAUCAAAGUGGCUGAGCAAAAAGAGACUGCAUCGUCUACAACUGAUUCAAAUCUGGUGGAGAGUACCACUCUCUCCACUGAGAAGACCAUUACCAUCACAGCAACGACUGUUGUGUCCAAACCAACUCAAGAGACUGUCACAGAUACUUCAAGUUGUGAUAGUGAAGCUAGCAAAACCUUAUGUGCCACAACAGUCUUGUCCAAAACAGAAGAAGAUAAAGAGAAAUUGGAGAAAGCAAAGGUGGACAAAGACGAAAAUACAAAAAGUACUAUUGAACCUUUUAAGGAAGAUGCAAAGGUAUCACAAAAAGAAAUGAUGGUGGCACCAUCUGAUCCAAAUAUGUGUAAAAAAGGAGAAGAUGUUAAAAAAGGAGAGGCAGAAAAGUUGGAGGAGAAAAGUUUGUUGGACAAGCCACCAGAGAGAUUACAGGGGAGGAGAAAGAGCAGCAUAUCUGAUUGGGAGCUAAUACAGAGGCCUGAUGAAUACCCAAGUGCCCCUCCUCCAGGUUAUGGUGAUGACGAUGAGGAGGAGGUGGAGGAGGAAGCAAUGGAGUGGGUAACCAGUGCCCACAGUGCCUCUGUGUCUUCCUCAAAAGAUCCCUGUCAAACAGAAACUUCUAGCAAAAGACCUGUAAAAGCUGAUCGUCCCUCUGACUUGAACACUGGAGCCGCCUCCUCUUCUGCCUCCCAUGCUAGCUUUUCCUCCUGCGAAUAUAAACAUCGCAAGGGAGAACUAUCGCCUUCAUUCAUCAACCCAAGCCCUCAUCUGCUCUCCAGUGAUGAGGGUGAGGAGGAUGAACACAGUGACCACUCCCAAGAUGCUGACGAGGAUGAUCAGGAGCAACACUCAGUGAAGAGGAGGUCACACAAGCAGAGGCGCCAACAUCCUCAGAGUCAGCAUGGAGACUCUGGACAAGGGCCACAUCAGAUGCCUGGCUUGUCGUCUGGCUUGGCUGUGACAUUAGCUGGAGAGGAAACACCCCCAACAUCAGUGAGUGAGUCAUUGCCUACACAGUCUGACUCUGACGUGCCGCCAGAAACCGAGGAGUGUCCGUCAAUAACAGCCGAAGGAAACCUGGACUCUGACGAAGACGCUGAACAUCUGCCAGUAGACAAAUUAUCUGCAACUGGAGCUUCAGGAGGUCACCGUCCUCCCUCACCAAGGUCUACUCAAAAGACUCACGAUCCCCUCCCCACACCGAUGAAGGACCCCCAUCCCCAUCCUCCCCAUCCAGAUGUGUGCAUGGUAGAUCCAGAGGCUCUUCUCAAUGACCACAGCAGCACAGAGAAACUUCUCAAGAAAGAGCACAAGACCACAAAGGGCCUCAGGAAGAGCAAACCCAAGUCAGCUUCCCCGGCCCGCAAAAAUGAAGUCAGGAAGAGGUCCUAUACUCCAGUGAAGCAGACUUCCAAGGAAUCUGCUUCUCCUCGAUCAGCCUCCCUGAGGAGGAGGGACACUGAUAGAAGCUCCAGGCUGAACAAGAUGUCUGAAACCCAGAGUGCUAGGAGUGACCCGGGAGUUAAAGGCUUGGUCAAUGGUGUCAAGAGCACAUCAGUCAACAAUUCUCAGAAAACAAGCUCAGCCGUCCCUGCUGGACCACCAGUCUAUGUGGACUUGGCCUAUGUACCAAACCACUGCAGUGCAAAGAACGUGGACCAGGAAUUCUUCAAAAGAGUGAGAGCUGCUUACUAUGUGGUGAGCGGGAAUGACCCGGGCAGUGGAGAACCCAGUCGUGGAGUCCUAGAUGCCCUGCUGGAGGGCAAAGCUCAGUGGGGCUCCAAUUUACAGGUGACUCUUAUCCCCACCCACGACAGCGAGGUGACCCGGGAAUGGUACCAGCAGACCCACGAGAAGCAGCAGGACCUGAACAUCAUGGUUCUGGCCUCUAGCAGCACCGUAGUCAUGCAGGAUGAGUCCUUCCCCGCCUGCAAGAUCGAAUUUUGAGCUUCAAGCGCCAUGCUGUGCUCUCCUACUCUUGUCCCAUCCUUCCCCUCCCUGUCAUGCGUCCUCACUGGAGGUAGAGCGAGCGGACAGCACUCUGCUUCUUCAAAGCUUCUCGCUUACUCAUGGUAUCACUCAAAUGCAUUUACUGCAACCCUCAAACCACUAGAUUAUGUUAGCUGAAAUCAAAGUCAGAAGUCUGGGUUUGUGCUCUGCGUGAUAGUGUGGGGUUAUCUUGCAAGUAAUAAACUACUUUCAUGUUUGUUAUCGCUGUGAGUAAACUGUUUGCCCUAACACGUCUCUUAUUCAAGCACCAGUUGUGCUUGAUCAAAAAAUCUUAAAAGCUUUCUUUGCCGCAUAUCUAACAAAUACCCAUCUUAAUCCUAAAACUUACCACAAACUACAGAUUAGUCAAGUGUUGGUCUGAAAAUGUUGCCUUCAAUCAAAUCAAUCUCAAAUGUAACAUUUUCAAAAGUGGCAAAAUUCUUGUUCAAAUGUUCAAAACAAGUGCCAAAACACUGAAAAAUUCACAUUUCUCAAGACUGUCUCCUAAAUGAAUGAGAGACUGAUGACUUCAUGCAGUGUUUUAUAAGAGUAGAAAUGUUCCAUAAGUUUCUUCAUAUGAAGCUUCCAUCCAUGCACAUGGCAAAACCCAUAGGUUGCAGCUCUGCUCACACAACAGUAGUUUUUGGAAAUAACUCAAUAGAGACAUAAAUUGAUGUUAUGUAAAAGAAACAAUGUUCCUUCUUGUCAUUUUGUGAUGAAGUUUUAGGGGAUGCCUGAAGUUGCCACUGUUUGAAAUCUCUCUCUUUCGGCUUUUACGGCUUUGCUGGUGCAUGAUGCUUGCAAUUUAGCUCAGACUGUCCGAACUGCAUAGGGUUAAUCGUUUCUUUAGCCAGCCUCUGAGUGUGGAAUGCAGUUUAGUGCAGAUAGAUAACUACACCUGUUUGGCUGUCUAUGCUCAAGUGAAUUCAAUAGGCGCCAGGCAAAGGGACGAUGUUUGCACAGUAAUCAUAUCUCUGCUGGAUGUAACGGUUCCUCUUUAAGUCGUAUCACGCUCUCUGUUGGUCAUAUGUACUCCUGUAUACGCACAGUAUAGGGUAAAUGUUUCUACAUCAAUACGAUUUGUUGAAAGAUUAGUUAUUUCGUGAUGAUGCAGCAAAAUAAUGAUCAUGAAGCGAAUUUUGAUGAGGUUUAAUUUUUCCAUCAUUUCCUCCUGUUCAGCUACAUUUUACCGUCUGUUGAUAUCGUAAAGCGAUGAAAAAAAAAACAAGCAUUGACCUGAGACAAAUGUAGCAACGGAAGAUUGUCUGCUUGUUCCCUUAGAGGAACGUUAACAUCAGUUUGAACUGCAAUAUUUUUUAUUUAUUGAUGGGGUUGUUUUCAGGAUAGAAAUAUAUACAUAUAUAUAUACUUAUAUAUAUACAUAUAUAUGUGUAUAUAUAUAUAUAUAUAUAUGGAGUGUGUAAUAGGAGGCUUCUUUCACGUGCCUUUAGCUUGUGGUUUUGUAGAGAGGGAAUUAUUUGAAGGACAUGUCAGCCAUUUUGAAGCAGAGCCAGGGUAAAGAAAGGAAACCAAAUGUAAGGACUUUGAAACAGAUGACAAAUCAGUCAAUACAGAACACACGCAAACCUUCGUCCACAACCAGGACACUCUGAAAUAGUCAAACUACACAAUACAAACUAUUCUGAAAUGUCACUUUCAAACCAACAUGAAUGUCUUCGAGCAAAGUAUUGCACCAAAUAGGAAUGUACUUUUAAGAGGUGUGAGAGUUGAAAAGUUGGAUUUUUGUGUGAUGAUGAUGACAGGGAUAGAAGUAGCAGAGAAUAACUUGUAUAAAAUAUAUUAUAGAUACUUAAAUAUAAAGAAUUUUUACGCAAAGAUCCUCCCAACUGAGUGAGACAAAAGCUCACUAUGAAGCAAUUAUCUAAUCUUAAUCCCAGAGACGUAUGUAUAGAACGAGCAUGAACGUGAAUGUUUAGGAUUGUACAAGAAGCAGUUAUAAAGUAGGAAUGUCUUUAGAGUACUUUUUGUGUUUGUUAGUUCACAAUGAAUGCACAGAGUAGCUGUUUUUGUAACGCAGCAUGGGUUGGAGAGUGAGGUAAAGUGUGAAAGGUCUUUUUGUUAGAAAGACCGGAGAGAAGCACAUGUGACCUUUAUACACAUGGCCAAGUUAGAGUUUGUGUAUAGGAAGAUAUUUUUAUUUGCAAUCCAUUCAGGUUUAAUUUUCUCCUUUACUGUUCUCAGAAGCAAAUGCAUUUUUUUAAUUAUAAUUAGUUUUGGUCAAAAUAAGAAAAACAAAGCAAAGAUGUUUCCAUCAAAAGGUGGAUUUAUUUUUUUUGCUUGUUUGUUUUGUUUUUAUUUGAAGCUAAGGGCAGGCGAGGCGGACGCUUGGAUUUCUAGAAAGUAUUCUGUUUGAGGAUUCGAUGACAGAUUGAUUAACAAGAUGUCAGCAACUUCAUUCAGCUUUUUUCUCCAAACUGAUAAAAACAUGAACAACAUGGUCAGCCUGUAUUAGCCUGGGCCCCUCCCCCCCCCUCUUCUGUCAAAACGCUAACACUACUUUUAAACUGGAUGUUUCAAAGCCUCAAUAUUCAAAGAUUCACAAGUUGCCACAGAAUGUAAUUAUUUUUCUAAACAUUAUAUAUCCCCAUGAUGUACUGUUUAAGAGGCAGACAUAGCUUUUUUUAUCCCACUGGGGAAGAGUCUGAUGCAGGGUGUUUAUUACACAGCUGGGAACGCACAAGUUACACACACACACACACACACCUUCGUCUGAAGGGAGUUCAUAAUCUAAAGGCCAGAACACAACUUGCACACGAUCAAAUUGACUCCCUUGUAUACAGUCUAUGAGUGUUUGUGAUCUGGUCGAACAACAAGUGUUUUUUCAGCCCUUCUUCAAUGCUGUCUGGAAAUGAGGAGCUUUUUCAAUGUAUGGAUCAGAUUUUGUGGAUGGUCUGAUGUGUCGUAUACAGUCUUUGAAUCCUGUUUUUAAGUUGGCAGAUUCCAAAUAACCGGCCUUGAGCUAUACAAAUAUUUUUUUUUUUUGUCAAGGCAUCAGUUGAACGCUGCGAGUCGCUUGAUGAUGACCGUCUGACUAUACACAAGCUGAAUGCACUAAACAGGAAAUCUAUUUUUCUGAAUGUAGAGUUGGUACUACUAUGCGAACGUUGCUGGAUCAAAUCAAGUGACAAAAAAAUAAAUAAAUACAUAAACAAAAAAAAAGGAAUAACUCUCACACAAACUUAGACAGAUCUAAAUGUUAGGGAGCGGGCGGAUACUGGUUUCUGUUUUGACAAACUGUCGCCUCAGUUCCAGUCGUAUCCUGAAGGGGGAGACAAGUUUGACUUUUAUCGAGUCAGCGAUCCCACAAUAGACGUCUGAACAGUAACACAGAAAAAGUACAAACUGCAGCUGCAACUUUUCCUGAAAAUGACUUGAAACACAUGCAGACUCAAAAAACAAACACCAGUAAAAAACGAAAAACUAAAGCUACAUGUACACAUCUGUACGGUACGCAGAAUUGUAAAUAUCGCUCUGGAAAAGGAACAAACCGGAAAGAUACAAACAAACUAUCCUUCUUCUUCUUGUGACACCUGUUCAUUUCUCGCUGAUUUUAGUGACAGUGCGAUACAAACUGCUAACUUCUCCUGGAACUAAGAAAACAACAAACAUAACGCAGACAAGAUACAGAACGAGAAAAAAAAAAAAAAGUGCAUCUUUCAGUUCCAUUCCAUCGCCAUACCUGCAUUAAAAUGACGAUAUCAUUUGAUCACGAUAUGGUGUCAUCUGUCCAUCUAAUCUAUCUGCAUGUGAUUUAUUUAGUUAUAAUCCUGAAUGUAAUUGUUUAACAUGGAAAUAUUAAUAAUAAUAAAAAGAUACACUGCUAUUUUAAAGAGAUAUAUUUGAAAAAAAAAAGAAGCUAAUUGUCUUAACUGGUACUGAAAUGACCUACAGUAAUAUAAUACUGGGCUGUGCUUUUAUUGUUUGCCCUAUUAACAUGUUGUUAAGAAGACGCUGUAUUUGUAGUUCUGUUCGAUUCUCUCUCUCUCUCUCUUUCUCUCUCUCUGUUUUGCAUUGUAAUAAUCUUAGUUCUGUUUUUCUUCCUCAGUGCAAUAUUCAAUAUCUCUCUGUCUCUUUAAAUCUAACUGAUAAAACUAGAACUACUGCAAAUUCAUUGUAAAAGGGAAACAGCCUGGUGAUCAUCAAUUAAAGUUCAUUGAAAUCUAAA